AUGGCGACGGAAGGUGAAGACAUCAAAUCACAUUUGUUUAAACUAUUCUCUACUGAACCUCGUUAUUAAAUCCGAGGAAUUUAUAAAUGUUGUGACGGAAAAACUCGUCAAAGACGAAAAUAUAAUCGAAUCCGUUGUAAAUAAAAUCGGUGAGUCAGCCAAGCAAGAAGUCUACGAAAGUCUAUCUUAUGACCAGAAAUGCCUAGAGGAUAAGUACUCCGAACUUAACGCGAAACUUGAAAAAUUGGUGGCCGAUCUUGAAAAAAAUCGGCUCAAACAGAUUGAUGAAUUAGACAGCAUCAACCAAUAUGGCCGCCGAAAUUGCAUACUUAUACAUGGCGCUGCUGAAGUUAAGGGGGAAGAUACCGAUCAUAUCGCUGUGAACCUGUUCAACACAAAGCUUAACAUACCAAUCAACAAAUCUGAUCUGGACAGAUCGCAUAGAUUAAACACCAAAAAACGGAAUCAAAAUCGGCCUCGACCCAUCAUUGUAAAAUUUAGCUCCUACAAUAAGAGAGCUGAAGUAUUUAAAUUCAAAAGGCGACUAAAGGGAUCUGGAGUAUAA